AUCCCAGACUGGUACAAGGUCGGCUGGCGCGCCGUGUCCGGAAUCGACGAUGGCCCGCUCGACGACGACGAGGCGCGCGACAAGACCGUGCUCGAGAUGUUUGUCGCCGAGCAGUUUUACGGCGACUGGUACCACAACGCUGCGCUUAUAUUCUUCGCCGUGUUCACGUCCCACUUCCUGACGCGUUUUGGCUUCGGCUGGGGCUGGCUCUUCAUCCUC